AUGGAAUCUCUCUACAUGUUCACUUCGAACAAGAAAUGCAAGGAAGACGAUGAAGAUAGUGGGUUCCGCUCAAGAGUCAACUCUGUUACUCACUCUUGCUCUCCUGCUUCGUCGUCCGCGUUAUCAACUGAGAGCAGCUCUCCAAAAAGGAAAAUCAGCACGUCGGACAGCUCGGACAACGUCGGCGGAUUUACUCUUGGAGGGUAUGGCACUGGUCCAACUUACGGCCAACAGCUGUUUCAAUCUUUCGAGCCCAGCGCCAAUAGCUUUGCUUCCUAAGUAAGAUGA